AUGUUGCAGCAGAGCAGCGGAGGUGGGACUGUGACUGUGGUGGGCUCAGACUUUGAGCUCCCCAACGAGAUACUCUCGGUGAUUCCCAUGGAUCCCUACGAGCAACUCAAUCUGGCCUGGAAGAUCACGUCCAUGGCACUGGCUUCGCGCAUGUCCAAACUCAAGUCCGAGAAGGACCAGGCGCUGUUCGACCUUAAGGACCGGUUCGGUGCACUCGAGCGAGCCUACCAGGAGGCCCAAGCCAGACUCAACAUCGCUCUCCAUGAUAAUACAGCUGAAACUGUUGAUAUUGGUACAUGUGACCAACCAGUUCCUAGGGUGUAUCCUGAUAAGGAUGAGGGGGCAAAUGGCUAUGUGGCACAUCAAUCUUUGACUGGCUCAACAGACCUAGCAAAUAAAACUGAUGAAGCGUCAUGGCGUUCUGGGCAAAUAUUAUCUAUUACUCCAUGUAUCACACCACGCCUUACACCAACUGGAACUCCAAAAAUUAUCUCCACAAGUGGAUCCCCUAGAGGUUACUCUUCUGUUGGAUCUCCUCAGAAAACUUCUGGUACAACAUCUCCUACAAAACCACCAUAUGAAGGGCGUGCCAUACUAUCUUCGUGGUACCCAUCAAGCCAGCAGUCAUCAGCAGCAAACUCUCCUCCUCGAGUACGUCCACAGCCAGGGCAGACUCCUCGAAUUGAUGGAAAGGAGUUUUUUCGUCAAGCCAGGAGUCGGCUAUCAUAUGAACAGUUCAGUGCAUUUCUGGUCAAUAUCAAGGAACUGAAUGCUCAAAAGCAAACUCGAGAGGAAACUCUAAGGAAAGCAGAAGAGAUAUUUGGGACGGAUAACAAAGAUCUUUACCUAUCAUUUCAGGGAUUGCUAAACCGCAAUGUGCGCUAGAACUCAAAAGUACAUUGCUUGUGAUGGUUUUUAAUAAUUGGUAUGUCUAUCUUCAGUCAACAUCUCACUCUUCAAACUAAAAACUACAAAAUGGACUGAAAACCUAAAUUACAAUUCUCAAAUUUUUACCCUAACCUCACUCUCCCUCCACUCAACCUCAUC